CUGGGGAGGGCUUCAUUAUAGCUCAGGCUCCCGACCACCAUGUCACCCCUGAACGUGGCCCUCGUCGUCAUGGUCCUCUGCAUCCCCCAUUAUACCUGGGGGCAAAAAAACAAGAAUCCCCCGGAGAGUCCGAUAAACAAGAUACAGAGUGCGGCCAACUUCAACAUCAAGCAGUUCUCAGGAAGGUGGUAUCUUCUAUCAGUCGCUUCGGAGUGUAAUUACCUGAAGACAAACAACCAUCGGGUGGAGGCCACCAUAAUUCAGGCCUCGCUGUCCAAGAAUGCCAGGGGAGCGGAGACGAUGGCCGUCAGCACCUUCCGGAAACUGGACGGGAUCUGUUGGGAGAUCAAACAUUCUUAUCAACCGAGCAAAUCCGCUAAGGGCAGGUUCACCCUGAAAGCGCGGGGAUACGUAGGGUCGCUGGACAUGGUCGUGGGGGAGACGGACUACCAGAAUUACGCCAUAUUGUACUACCAGAGGAGGAACAAGAUAACCCUUAAACUCUAUGGACGUAAAACCUCAGUGAGUGACGACAUCUACCGGAAGUUUGACGAUCUCACCAGGAAGCAGGGAAUAGACCUGGAGUAUAUAUAUCCCUUCCCGUCAUACGGGUUCUGCGAGGCGGCGGAUCAGUUCCAUAUUCUCAACGAAGUCCCCCGAUAACGGCUGGAUCCCUGCUGCUCGAUGUUGUAUAUAUGGGAGGCCUGGGCUGCAUAGGCCGCGCUAUGUUUCCCUAUAGGCGGUGGCUGGACACCUAAAAUCAUGACAUUUCCUGCAAAUAUAAUCCCUUUUUUU